AUACAAAACACCAAUCCCACUGCGAACUAAGGAAGAACAUAACCUCGACCCGGCGUCGAUUUUUGGCGGGCGCCGGGCGGGAAAGCUGCUUGCUCAUCUUUUAUCGAGAAAUGUUUCGCUUUUAUCGGUGAGAAUGCCAUGGAUACAGUGAAGACAACGGCGUUUUGCAAUCUUCCAAAGGAUGCUUUAGUAAAAUUGAUAUCGUCAGAUUAUCUCGGUUUGGAAGAAGAAGAUGUAUGGCGAGCGGUUCUAAAUUGGGCCAAAUAUCAGGCAGGAGUUACGCAGCCCACGCAGCACUGGACUGAAGAAGAGCGCAUGAGAGUGUGCCAGCACCUGUCUGGUGUAAUAAAUCACGUACGAUUGCUGUUGAUUGACAGCCAGGUGUUCGCGGAGGAGGUAGAGCCAACCGGUGCGGUGCCGAUAGAGAUGUCGUUGGAGAGGUACGAAUUUUUCAAUCCCGAUCGAUCGAGCGGCUCGAAAUUUCUAAGGUAUAGGUAUGCAGCUCUGCCGAACAAGUACUCGGAGGUUUGCUCUGACAAACGACUGCAACCACGAGUGAGCCCGUUUCUCUUCCCGGGCUCGCAGAUUCUCUCCAGAGACAAGGUCGGUUUCCAGCGGGUUUUGAAUCAGUGGUACGGCGUGUCGAAACAGGGCUGGCGAUUAGUUUAUCGAGCAUCUACUCAUGGCUAUUCAGCAGCGUCUUUUCAUCGACACUGUGAUAACGUUUGUCCGACGUAUGUGAUAGUGCUGGGAGUACGUGGUGAGAUAUGCGGAGGAUUCAGCGAUGUUCCAUGGGGUAAAACUAACUCGAAGGCGCAGUACAUCGCUUCGGAAAAGAGUUUUCUUUUCACGUUGACAAAUAAUCAAGAUGUACCGCCGACAAAGUUCGACAUCGUGAAGAAAUCAUUUGCUAUCUGCUAUCAUCCGGACAUAGGGCCGAUAUUUGGUGCCGGGGCUGAUUUACUUAUAGCAAGCAACUGCAAUGUCAACAAGGAAAGCUACAGCAAUCUCCCACAUAGUUACGAUGGAGAUCACGCAUCUAAUCAGUUACUUAUGGGAGAUUAUCAUUUUUCGGUAAUCGACUACGAGGUUUUCACCCCAAGUCAUCCUGCUCCGAAAUCCAAUCAUUAAAUGAGUUGCUGUGAUAAACUCAUUUGCAUAUACAUCGCUUUUGUAAUAAAUAUUUGCAUUAUAGUGAUUUACUCUCCGUUUGUGAAAAUUAUUUCAUAUUUUACGCCGAAAAAUAAUUAUAUCGAUAAUUCAUCACACAAAUCGUACUUUUAUAAUCAUACAUACACAAGCAGCGGCAUAAGCAAAGACUGAUUACUUUUUAUCUUCGUAUCUUCAUAAUUAUGUUUUACUUAUAUCAGAUAUAUAUAUACUUACACUUUUUGUAUCUCUCGAAUA